CACUCCCAUUCACAUUCAAUGCUAUCUGGUUUGUGGAUCUCACGGUUAGAAUAAGCGAAUCCGCCAGGUCUCCAGUCGUGUACAGGAAGUAGAUAUUGUCGAUUUGUUGGCACCUUUACCCGUAUGCGGGGGGACAACCUCACUUUUCACCGUCGUAGAGAAUCCAGUCUUAUUACCGAUUUCCAUAACCCAUCUAGAUUCCUGUCCGGCUACCCCCCGAGACGCAUGCAAGGUGCAGGACAAUAUCCGGAUUGCCUGGAUACAGCGUAGAUGUAUCUAUCCCACUUAGAUGCUCACGCUAGGAGUAUAGAAGAGCUCUCAGGGGAACGUCCAGUUCGUGGUCGGUCUAUGUACAUUGAGAACCAACAGACCCUUUCAGGAGUCAUCGACGAUACCAGGAUAUACACAAGACCCCAUCGCAACCCUUUAGCCAGGCGACCCGUUUCUAUCCAUUUUGGGACCCUUUCGAAGGAUAUCAUGGCGGGGAAUUACGUGACCGGGUGGGAACAACCACGCGAGCAAAGCGAUGUAGGUCAGCAGAUCAUCUUCAGUGCAGGGAAGAAGCUUGAGCAUCAGCAGUCAUACCCACAACGCAGCAAUGCUGGUGGGAGGCGUCCUUUCGGUCGUUACGGUAGCCGUCCAUCAUCUGACAGCACGGAGCUAGUCGGAGGCUCGCCGGCUUACAACCCUAAAGGCAAUCGCGCUGCUGAUAUGUUCAAACGCGCGAAAGAGCACACCGACCAGUUUGCCAUUGACGACGAAGCCAUCACACCCCAGGCCGUUCAGAAAGCCCGCCACGGCGGUGCUGACGACUACGAUCUACCCAAGCAGAAGGCCAAGUCCCAACAGCAGUCUAGACCAGUUGCAAGACCAGCUGCUAGACCAGUCUCUCAACCAGCACCCAAGCCAGCGUCCCCUGCUGCUAGUUACUCCACAGAUUAUGGAGCACCUCAACAGAGUCGACAGCAACAGCAACAGCAACAACAGCAGGCUCAGCGCCAACAACAACCACAAAGGCAACAGCAGCAACAACAACCGGCACGUCAACCAGCUCAACAACAGUCCUUUGCAAACACCUACGGCCAAACGGGUAACGGACCCAAGUAUAACGCAAAGACGCGCCAGCACGCAAACCAACAACAACCAGCUACAGGCUGCACCUGGGGCAAGGAUAAUGUCUCUAAAAAAUUCCACUCAGGGGUGCAGCCUUAUGAAGACAGCUACAACCGGAGCGCCCAGGGUUGGAGCUCACAGUACAGAGAUACCCUGUCUGAUGAAGAUAUUGAUGUCUACGACCCUUUCGCACCUAGGAAGAGUCCUAACUACAAGGCGGCACCCAAGGUCAACAUCAACAGGAGCGUCAAAACAAGGCAGACCACAGAGUUCAGCGAUUUCAACAAGCGUGCUAAAGGCUGGAACCCGAUAGGUCUGGAUGAGGAGGAUGCAGAAGCACUCUACAGCGCCAACCGUCAACCAUUGUCCACCCUAUCAUCGGCCUUUGAGGAACCAAGACCACAGUACGGAGGUGGUCAACAAAGAGCAGCCCAGGCCAGGUCCUCUCAAGCACGACCGGCCCAACAGCGGCAGCAGCAGCAGCGGAGGCCACCCCAGCAACAGCAGCAACAGAGGCCACCCCAGCAACAACAAAGGAUGUCUUCCACUGCUCCCUAUGCGGCGGGUUCCGGAGGCUGGGGUGGAAUGUUGGAGUCUGAUGACUUAUGACUCGUACCUCAUACCACCAAGAUGCAGCAGUCCCCGGUAUCUCCUGGAUCAGGUAGUCAUGGUAGUGGUGGUGGUGGUAGUGCCGAUGGGAAGCAACACAUGGGUAAUAACGUGUUACGGCGGGGUCCAGUUGGGGGAAGGGCGGGGCGACAACAAACACAGCCACAGGGUGCGCUAGUUAGGCAUAUGAGUUGGCCUGGGUACAACCCAGCCCAACAGAACCCCCUUUCACUUAAAAUUUCUUUGGGCGUAACGCCGUCGGGUGUUAACCGAAUUUCAAUCAACAUGUAGAAAUAGCACGCGUAGUAUUUUGAGUAUAUAAAUUAAUUUCCUCAUGUCUUAGUUGUAGUGUGUCGAGUAUCUCGUGUUCCCUAUGUCUAAAUUCAAUGAAAUUCUUCAAGGAUGUGAAGCGAAAAA